AUGGAAAACAGUCGUAGAGUACCUGCAGAUAUUGAUCAGGGAUGGUGUGCCAAUAAAGAUAUUGGCAUUUACCCUGACCCAACAGACAUAACCAAGUUCUACCGCUGUGCUAAGAUAGCUGUGCAUGAACGCUGUGGUGAAAACCAGAUCUUUGAUCAAGAAUGCAAGUGUUGUACACGGCCUCAAUUUAAGACAUAUUAUGAUCCAACAUGGUGUUACAACAAACGCGAUGGUUUCUACCCUGAUGAACACGAUGUUUCAAAAUUCUAUAUUUGUGCUGGGCGCCAAGUCUUCUGGAGGGAUUGUGCCAAAGGGCUGGUCUUUCAUAUAGGCUUUGGACUCGUCCUGUCAUCCCAGCUGCAAGUGGUUUUAGGCAUUGCUUUCAAAUUGGUUUGCUACUUUGCUAACUGGGCCCAGCACAGACCAGGAAUUGGCAAGUUUCUGCCAGAAAACAUCCCCCCUUGCCUGUGCACUCAUCUAAUCUAUGCAUUUGCCACCAUCAGUAGUAAUCACAAGAUUACUACAAAGGAAGAGAAUGAUGCAGAACUUUACAAAUCAUUCAACAACCUCAAGAAACAGAGACCACAACUGAAGACACUCCUGGGUGUUGGAGGUUGGAACUUUGGUACCCAAAGAUUCACCGGUAUGGUUAACGCCAGGAAGAAUCGUACAAUAUUCAUAAACUCAACAAUUGACUUUCUUAGAAAACACAACUUUGAUGGUUUGAAUUUAGACUGGAAGUACCCAGCAGCAAGAGGAAGUCCAGCGGAUGACAAAAAAAGGUACACUUCUUUGCUUAUGGAAAUGAAAAAGGCUUUUCAGCAAGAAGCAAAAAGAACUAAGAAUGUCAAGCUACUCAUUUCAGCAGCUGUAGCAGCCAGUAAAGAUAAAAUUGAUGCUGGCUUUGAGAUUUCAAAAGUUGCUCGAAAUGUUGACUUUAUCAAUUUGGUUUCAUAUGGUUUCCAUGGAGCUUGGGACCGGUUCACAGGACACAUCAGUCCUUUAUAUCGAGGCAGUGCUGAUAAAGGUGCUUAUGCAAAUUCUAAUGUGAAUUACGCUGCCAAAUAUUGGAUUCGGAAUGGUUUACCACCAAACAAAAUGAUAAUUGGAUUUCCAACCUUCGGGCGUACGUUCACACUCAAGUCUUCAAAUGCAAGUGUUGGCUCUGCAGCAAUUGGUCCAGGACCCCCUGGCAACUACACGAAAGAGGCUGGUUUCCUCGCUUAUUAUGAGAUUUGUGACUUUUUGAAAACUGCCACACCCCAAUUUAUUAAGGACCAGAUGGUUUCAUACGCAGUUAAGAAAGAUGUAUGGCUUGGAUACGAUGAUCUGGACAGCUUUCGGACUAAAGCUCAGUGGCUGAAGAAGAAUAAAUAUGGAGGUGCCUUUGUGUGGACAAUAGAUCUCGACGAUUUCCAUGACCAUUGCCAACAGGGAGUACUUCCUCUAACAACCAAACUGAACAAAUUACUUAAAAUAAAUUCAGGCUGUAAAAUGCAAAAUUCACCUUCCAGCAGUAAAAUUAAUGACAACACAGAGAUACGUAUUAAUGGGCCAUGGUGCCUCAAUAAAACAGCUGGAGUCUACGUUGACCCAAAUGAUCCUACCAGAUUCUACCGCUGUGAUCAACUAACCACCCAUGAGCGCUGUGCUGAUGGAUUAGUUUUUGAUAAAAACUGCUUAUGCUGCAAUUGGCCUAAAAAUCCAGCAACUUUCCACAAGACUGUUACAACAAAUAAGUAA